GCUGAUGGUGGUGCAACUCUUGCCUCCAGGUUGGCUACACCAUCCGCUUUGAAGACUGCACCAGCCCUGAGACUGUCAUCAAAUACAUGACAGAUGGCAUGUUACUGAGGGAGUGCCUGAUAGACCCAGAUCUCAGCCAGUAUGCCAUCAUCAUGCUGGAUGAGGCCCACGAGAGGACCAUCCACACAGAUGUGCUCUUUGGGCUCCUGAAGAAGACGGUGCAGAAACGGCAGGACAUGAAGCUGAUCGUGACAUCGGCCACUCUGGAUGCUGUGAAAUUCUCUCAGUAUUUCUACGAAGCACCAAUCUUCACCAUUCCUGGCAGGACAUACCCAGUAGAAAUUCUGUACACCAAAGAGCCAGAGACAGAUUAUUUGGAUGCCAGUCUGAUUACAGUCAUGCAGAUCCAUUUAACAGAGCCACCAGGUGACAUUUUGGUCUUUCUAACUGGCCAGGAAGAGAUUGACACUGCCUGUGAAAUCCUCUAUGAGAGGAUGAAAUCUCUAGGACCCGAUGUUCCCGAGUUAAUUAUCCUCCCAGUGUACUCAGCUUUGCCCAGUGAAAUGCAGACCAGGAUCUUUGACCCGGCCCCACCAGGGAGCAGAAAGGUUGUCAUUGCCACCAACAUUGCAGAGACAUCUCUGACUAUUGAUGGAAUCUAUUAUGUGGUGGAUCCUGGCUUUGUGAAGCAGAAAGUUUAUAACUCCAAGACUGGAAUCGACCAGCUGGUGGUGACACCCAUUUCCCAGGCUCAAGCCAAGCAGCGUGCAGGCAGGGCUGGCAGGACGGGCCCAGGAAAAUGCUACAGGUUGUACACAGAACGUGCCUACAGAGAUGAGAUGCUGACCACCAACGUGCCUGAAAUCCAGAGAACCAAUCUGGCCAGCACAGUGCUCUCCCUGAAGGCUAUGGGCAUCAAUGAUUUGCUGUCCUUUGACUUCAUGGAUGCUCCCCCCAUGGAGACUCUGAUUACUGCCAUGGAGCAGCUCUACACCCUGGGAGCUCUGGAUGAUGAGGGGCUGCUCACUCGACUUGGGCGUAGGAUGGCAGAAUUCCCCCUGGAGCCGAUGCUGUGUAAGAUGUUGAUCAUGUCCGUGCACCUGGGAUGCAGCGAGGAGAUGCUGACAAUUGUCUCCAUGCUGUCUGUGCAGAAUGUGUUCUACAGGCCAAAGGAUAAACAAGCACUUGCUGAUCAAAAGAAAGCCAAGUUCCAUCAAACAGAAGGUGACCACCUGACGCUGCUGGCGGUGUACAAUUCCUGGAAGAACAACAAGUUUUCGAACCCCUGGUGCUAUGAGAAUUUCAUCCAGGCCCGGUCCUUACGCCGGGCUCAGGACAUUCGCAAGCAGAUGUUGGGCAUCAUGGACAGGCAUAAGCUGGAUGUGGUGUCCUGUGGGAAGGCCACAGUUCGGGUCCAGAAGGCCAUUUGCAGUGGCUUCUUCAGAAAUGCAGCCAAGAAGGAUCCCCAGGAAGGCUACAGGACGCUCAUUGACCAGCAGGUUGUCUACAUCCACCCCUCCAGUGCUCUCUUCAACAGGCAGCCUGAAUGGGUGGUGUAUCACGAGCUGGUGCUGACCACCAAGGAGUACAUGCGGGAGGUGACGACCAUCGAUCCUCGCUGGCUGGUGGAGUUUGCCCCAGCUUUCUUCAAGGUCUCUGACCCCACCAAGCUGAGCAAGCAGAAGAAGCAGCAGAGGCUGGAGCCCCUCUACAACCGCUACGAGGAGCCCAACGCCUGGAGGAUCUCCCGCGCCUUCCGCCGGCGCUGAGCUCGGCGCCCGCUGCGUCUGCUGCUGCCGUGCCCGCGGCACCGGGGCCGGGCGCUGCUGCCGGCGGCCCGGGGGACACGCGGUGCCCUGCAGCUCGCCCGUGCAGCGCCAGCUCGGGCAGCACGGCAGCUCCAGGGGCGGCCCAGAUGUGCUGCAGCUGCACGGGCCGCCGCGGCCUCUCGCCAGUGGGCCUUGGAGCACUCGAGGGAUUCCCCUUUCAGGAGACAAAAUCUGAGCCUCGGGAGUCUGGGGGCUGAGCUGAGCAGCACAAGAAAACGGUGAUUUGACACGGGUUGUUCCCCAGCCUGGCUGGGUUCUGAGUCCCCAGGCAAAUAGAAGCUGGACUAGUUUGUGUUCUUACCCUGCUCAAAGGGAUUUCUUUCUGCUGAACGAUCCUGCUCAGUUCAGUGAGUGCUUUUUGGGAGCAGCCUGCUCUCUAUUUUACCAAGUUGAUGCAUUUUCCCAUGCAGCGUUACUGCUUGUAUUUAAUUUCAGCCAUCUGUGGUGAGAUAUUUAGUAUCUCUGGCUUUGGGAUAAGGCGGGAAGAAUUCUUGAAACCCAGCUCGAAUAUACUUGGACAAUGGCACAGGUCAGGCUGCAAGACUUGCCCUUCAUCCCCAUCUCCUGGGUGCUGAAGGGUUCAUCAACCAGUAAUCCCCUCUGCAGCACGGUUCCCUCUGGGAAUGUAAGUGGUUACAAAUGUUUGGACCUCUUAUACCAUGUGCCAUGUGCUUUAUUUUCACAUCGAAUGUUUGGUGACAUCACAGCUGUUGGGUUUUUGUAAUAGAAUGAGCUCUUGCAGCUCAAACGUCUGUAAAAAUUAUGUAACAGUUCCUUGUUUUAAAAACUGCCCAGUGUGUGCUACGUCAUGCCCAAACUAUCUGUAAAAUUUUUUCUGUUGCUAACAGAUGAAAUUGAUUUGACUCCAUAGCUGCAGAAACCUUAUUUUUUUUUUCCAAAGCUGGGACAUUUGCUGAAAUGAUUGUUGAAAUGAAGAGAAGGAGCUUGACUGGUUGUUUUUACACAGCGAAUUGGAAGAAUGUUUCACAUUGAAAAGGAGCUCUGUUGGAAAUACCUCUCUGUACAAAGGGGAGCAGGGAUGUUGUUCAAUGUCCUGAGCUUUCCCUCAUGUUGGAUCACCAUAAAAUAAAAGGGAAUUACAAACUU